AUGAUGAUACAUGUUCUUCCUGCUGUCGCCGCACCCACCGUUGCCAACAAAGAUGCCUCAGCCAUUCCCGGGUACGGCAUCGAAGAGCUUACCUGGGAGCUUCAGACUGCUCCCGGAGGUCCUGCCGUGAACGUCACAGGCACCAUCGAGCAAGCCUUUAAGCACAUGAAAACCGUUAACCCAGGCUUCAUCUCCGAUUUUGGCUUUGACCAACCAGUCAACGUCUCUUCGCUCUCCAUGCCCCUCGAGUCACGCGGAUACACGAUCGAUCACAUCACUUGCGACGUCGUCUUUGAAUGGGCCUACCUGGUGGAAAUCCAAACGGGCAUGUUCUACCUAAACAACAUUCCCGGCAAACCGACCAACGGCCCUGGCCCUGGUAACUGUGGUCGGAUCAGUUGCUCAUCCGAUGCUGCUAUCUACUGGUGCAAUGAUACCGUUGUCAACAACUGCCCUCAAAGAAUAGGUUUGUUGAACAUGGGGCCGUAUGCGGAAUUGACCAAGGGUCAGAUCUUCAUGACGGAUAAUUGGAAUGUCAUUGUUAGGUAUGACGAGUGCUAG